UGAAUUGCCUGAGUUUUCUGAACCCUGUAAUGAGCACUUCGACCAAGAGGAUCUAGUACAGUUCAUUGGCGAGCGAGGCUCUGCUGGUGCUGAAGCUAAUCCGAGAGGAUUGACUGCUUCUGUGGCAAGAGGAGAGGUGAAAAAAGACGAAUCGGCUGUGAACUACGGAUCCAAACAAGAGCUGUUGCAUUUAUAAACAAUCUUACAUCGAGUGAACGAUAUCUGAAUUUACUGAAGAACCACAAGAUGCAGAGAACAUACCUGAAUGGAUACGUUUAAACGACGAGACUGCCAGGAUUUACUCGUAAUGAUUUUUUAGCGAUACAUUGGGAGAUAAACAUGGAUGGCGGAAUAACGGUGGCUUUGUGGAAUUAAGGCCGACGCAGUUUUGUUUCUGUCCUUUUCCUGGACAAAGGUAGUUUACUCUAUCGUGGUCUUUUGUGAUUACGAUACGCGUGCUGUUCAAAUUAAUCGAGUGCUCAACUGCAAAGGGGAUGAGUCCUUGAGAUUGGCUGACAUUGGAUUCACCAGGACAAGAUUGACAUGCAUUGCUUGGUAGUCUGCACGGAAAGCUGUCACACGUGUCAUGCCCUUUAAGCCAGACACCGGUCUCCAGAGAUGCAUAGGCUGUGGAGACGGGACGUACCACUGCCCGAGCGCUUGGGGGAGGCCUCUCCUGCUGGGGUGGCUCUGUGGACACCACCCACCGUGGCCCCCGCUGGUCCCAACAUUUCAUGGCUUCCGGAGGCCCCGCUCCUCACCCCAGACCAGCCCAUCUUCCUCAUGACCACUGCUGCACAGGCCGUGUCGGGCUUCUUCGUAUGGACAGCGCUACUCAUCACCUGUCACCAGAUCUACAUGCACCUGCGCUUCUACAGCUCCCCUAAUGAGCAGCGGCACAUUGUGCGCAUCCUCUUCAUCGUGCCCAUCUACGCCUUUGAUUCAUGGCUGAGUCUCCUCUUCUUCACCAACGACCAGUACUACGUCUACUUCGACACGGUGCGGGACUGCUAUGAGGCCUUUGUGAUCUACAACUUCCUCAGCCUGUGCUAUGAGUACCUUGGAGGGGAGAGUGCCAUCAUGGCCGAGAUCAGGGGAAAGCCCAUUGAAUCCAGUUGUGUCUAUGGGACAUGUUGCCUGUGGGGUAAAGCCUACUCGAUUGGUUUCCUCAGGUUUUGCAAGCAGGCCACGUUGCAGUUCUGUGUGGUGAAGCCCCUGAUGGCCAUGGUCACAGUGAUUCUACAGGCAUUUGGAAAGUACCGCGAUGGAGAUUUCAACGUUGCCAGUGGUUACCUGUAUGUAACCAUCAUCUACAACAUCUCAGUCAGCUUGUCCCUGUACGCUCUUUACCUCUUCUACUUUGCAACAAAAGACCUUCUGAGCCCCUACAGCCCCAUGCUCAAGUUCCUCAUGGUCAAGUCGGUCAUCUUUCUCUCUUUCUGGCAAGGCAUGCUGUUGGCCAUCCUGGAGAAGUGCGGCGCCAUCCCCCAGAUCAGCUCAUUCGGAGUGUCGGUGGGCGAGGGCACGGUGGCAGCGGGCUACCAGAACCUCAUCAUCUGUAUUGAGAUGUUCUUCGCCGCACUGGCGCUACGACACGCUUUCACCUACAAGGUCUACAUGGACAAGCGUCUGGACCCACAGGGGCCUGUUCCCACAUAUGGACCACAGGGCCGCUGUGCCCCCAUGAAGAGCAUUUCCAGUAGCCUGAAGGAGACCAUGAACCCCGGGGACAUGGUCCAGGACGCCAUCCACAACUUCUCUCCGGCCUACCAGCAGUACACCCAGCAGUCCACGCUGGAGCAAGGCGCCCCCGUGCCACCCGUCUCCCGCAACCACAGCACCACGGUUGCUCGUGACAACGAGAAGACCUUACUGCUGAGCUCUGACGAUGAGUUCUAGAGUGUGGUUCUCCACGAGCCUCUCAUAGACAUUGUUCCUCCAAAUUAUAAGAAGUGCAACCCUCUGGUGUUUGCACAUUUAAGGGAGGAUUCCAUUGUGCUUCAGAUGGACAAGUUGGUAUGGGACCUCCUAAAGGCAAAAAGAGACCAACCUGGCCAUGCAGUGGCACUAUAGCUGUUAUUUAAAAAACUUUGUGUAAAAUUCUUUGUGCUUUUACAUUGAUAUUGAUACAUCAAAGCCUGACUGGGAACUCACUGGCAACCCACUACUAUGGGUUCUGAUUCAGCCUGUCUCAAUCAAACUCCAAACUGAUACACACAAUACUUCCAGUAGUACUCUUAGAAAGAGUGCUGUUUCGAUAGCGUUGGCUUGAUAUGCUGUAAGUGCUCAACUGACAUUGCGUCUGAUAUUACUUAGGUGUUCAGCAGAUAUGGUGUUUUCCCAUGGGUGAGUCUUAACAUCCAAAAGCAAUUUUUUAAGCUUUUAAAUGCUUUGAAAAAUGAGUCCAUCCUCUGCUUAAGCUUUCAUUGUGGUCUCCUUGGUAGCAGUGUGCGCAUGUAAAUUGUUGGCGUUAUGGGAUGGACGAAUGCUGUGACCGAGGGCCCUGACCCCUCAAAGACCGGCAGCUGUCUGGAAUUAGGCGUUGCUGUUAUUGCUUUCCGUGUUGUUAUUUAUAGUGUGUAUUGGGCUGGUAGUGAGAGAGAGGAGGUGUAGGUUGGACGGACGGGCAGGCGGGCAGAGAGUGCUUGAUGGGACAUGAUGAGAUUACAGAUUAAGAGAAAUCUGCUCAAUGCACAGACACUGAAGAGUAGCAAAUCGGCGUGGGCUGGAUUAGGAGAGAGUAAUUGGGGCGUUAUUCGCAGGGCCCAGAUUAGUGCCCUAACCAGAGGACCACUGCCGUUAAACUCUAAUCUGGGUUAUACAGCAGCGCAUAAACAUCUAGGUUAUGUCUAUGGAUGUGUGCGGGCUGCAGGUAGACAAGCGGUUAUCUGCUUUCUCCAUAGGUCAGUGGAGUUGAUGGUAUAAUGCACUUUGCACAGUAAGAAACUCAGCAGUGGCUGUGAGAAUAUUCUCAUAGAUUAGGGGACCUGUUGAGUUUCUUUGCAAGUGUGUACAAUUAUGGGCCUGCUGUAGCAAGGUUUUCCAUAGCAAAAUUAUUAAUAAUCUGGGAUCACUUAUGAUUUAGCUGUUAGGUUGAGGUAUGGGUGUGUGUGUGUGUAUAUAUAGCAGAUGCAUAAGACAAACUGAUUCUAGGUCAGUACAGUAACGUGGCCGGAUUCAUGAUCAAGGUCCAGGCAUUCCUGUUGGCAUGUGCAGCUUUUCCAUGACUAGAGUAACUCCACUGUCCCUCUCUCCACCAUUAGAGGGCAAACAAGGAGUCUUUUCUAUGAAAUUCACUCAGUGACCUAGACAUUAAAAUACCCUUACUCUCUCUCUCCCUCUCUCUUGCACACACAUACACACACCCCUUAUCUGAAGAAAACAGGCAGACCAUUAUCUUUAAUGCACACACUUCUUCUGGGGACGGAAGGUGUGAAGUUUGAGCUGACCGAGUGGGAACUAGCUUCUCAGAAGAGGUUUCCACUCAAGAUAUAGGUUGGCUGUCUACUCCAUGUUAGGUAGGUGUGUUUUUUUUUAAUUAUUUUUUUUAAUUGGAAUAUUUUGUUAUGUAUUUUAUGCUCCUAUGGAAAAAGCAUUUAUGACACCUGUUCUAUUUAUUUUGUGCGGGUUUCAGUAGUAUAGGAGCUAUCUUUGACUCAAUGCACUAUGCUACCUAAAAAUGUUAAUCAGCUGAACGUUUCUUUAAGUCAGAAAAGUAACUUGAAAAACCUAGCUUUUGGAUUUGGAAAACUGUCAGAACAUGGGAUAUAUUUUAUAACAUAUAUUUUGAACUUGUGAUAGAAAAUAUAGGAGUGUGUAAAUAGUUCGCUCAUUUUUAAAUAUUGUAGGGAUAUUCAUAUUUCAAGACCUAGUGAUGGGCAACGUUGAGGUGGGAGAAAACAAAGGCUUAGUUUUGUACUUUUGCUCUGUUUUCUGUUAUUUUGUAUGGUUGCUUUUGUUUUUUUAUUUGAAAAAAAAAAAACAACCCACUUGUGUUUAUCUAAACUAAGAAUAUGAUGCUUAUAUUUUUUUUCCUGGCAAUGAUGGAAAUAAAGAGUACAAAAUAAAUAAACAAAACUAUAGUUGUUCUCUA